ACGGUUCCCGACAAUCCUCUCGACGCGGAUACAGGCGGAUCGCGCGUUGCCGCGAAAUGCGCGUCGAUUGACUCCGGUGAUAUCGCGAGACGUCCCGCAGGAACGACGUUUACGGUGACUUGUGACACAAGUGCGCAACCUAGGAAGGAAGGAGACAGGAACGAAGCGAGAGAGAGAGAGAGAGAGAGUGAGCGAGCUAAGGAAGGACGGAGCGAGAAGGUAUGGAGAACGCCAUGCAACCGCUACUUCCACCGCCACCACCCCCACCCGCCUUCGACAUGCCACGGAGCAGCACGGAGCAGACGGUCACCCACGAGUUGAUAUUUGUAAAUCUAGCGGACAACGGCAGCCAGAAAGUGGAUAUGACACACUUCGACUUACUGAAAGUCCUUGGCACCGGAGCUUACGGCAAAGUUUUCUUGGUGCGGAAGAACACGGGCACUGACGCCGGACGGCUUUAUGCCAUGAAGGUGCUGAAGAAAGCCUCCAUCGUGCAGAAGAAGAAGACGACGGAGCACACCAAGUCUGAGCGCCAAAUCCUGGAGGCUAUCAGGGACAGCCCAUUCCUGAUAACUCUUUAUUACGCGUUCCAAACCGACGACAAACUCUGUUUGAUCUUAGAAUAUGUUGCCGGUGGUGAGAUGUUUACGCACCUGUAUCAGCAUGACUGCUUCACGGAAGAAGCCGUACGUUUUUAUAUUGGCGAAAUUAUCCUGGCACUCGAGCGCCUUCAUGACCUUGGCGUAAUAUAUCGGGACAUCAAACUUGAAAAUAUACUUUUGGAUAAGGAUGGGCAUCUCGUGUUGACGGAUUUCGGUCUCAGCAAAGAGUUCCUACCACACGAGAGGAAUGGCAAUGCACGUACUUACUCGUUUUGCGGAACUAUCGAGUAUAUGGCACCGGAAGUGGUAAAGGCGGGCCCGAACGGCCACGAUAUCGCCGUCGAUUGGUGGAGUGUGGGCGUGCUAACGUUUGAGUUACUGACCGGUGCGUCGCCUUUUACGGUGGAGGGCGAGAAAAACAACCAACAAGAGAUUUCGAGGAGGAUAUUGAAAAAUGAUCCGCCAGCAAUGCCGAGCCACUUGAGUGCCAAUGUGAGCGAUUUCAUCACCCGUUUGCUGAUCAAAGAUCCACGACAAAGAUUGGGUGGUGGACCGCGCGACGCUAAAGAGCUCAAGGAGCAUCCCUUCUUCAUAGAUGCGGCACCAGCCUUUACUUGGGAAGGUUUGGAGAAGAAACUGAUCAAGCCACCUUUGAUUCCGAAAAUUUCGCACGAAUUGGACACCAGCAAUUUUUCAGACGAAUUCACCAAGAUGAAUGUCGUCGUUGACAGUCCGGCGGUUAUUGAUGGCGACUAUGACAAACAUUUUAGGGGUUAUUCGUAUGUAGCGCCUUCGAUUCUAUUCACCGACAACGUGGUGAGCAGGGAUAUCUUCGGUGGAGAGACCAGUUCGCAACGGCCUUUGUUGUCCGAUCUUCUGAACACGUGUUUCGAGGAGUCCACGUUCUUCCAGACGUACGAGUUAGAUCAAGCGGGACCAGCUCUAGGCGAUGGCAGUUUUUCAAUUUGCCGGCGGUGUCGUAAUCGUAAGACCCAGCAGGAAUACGCCGUGAAGAUCGUCAGCAGGCGGGUGGAUUGCAGCCGAGAGGAGAAUCUGUUGCGUGCGUGCCAGCGUCACGCGAACGUAGUGAAAUUGAUAGAAGUCCACCACGAUCGACUUCACACAUACAUCGUGAUGGAAUUGCUCUCGGGCGGGGAAUUGUUACAACGACCGCGCCCAUUCUCGGAGCGACAGGCCAAGCGAGUGAUGCGGCAAUUGGCAGCCGCAGUGCGAUACAUGCACUCGCGUGGCGUAGUGCAUCGUGAUCUCAAGCCAGAGAAUAUCGUAUAUGUGCAUCAAGGCGAAGAUUCGUCUGUAAAGAUAGUUGACUUUGGAUUUGCCCGGAUGAAGAACAGCUGCGAGCCGCUACACACGCCCUGCUUCACGCUCCCGUACGCUGCCCCGGAGGUUGUGGCCAACCAAGAGUACGACGAGAGCUGCGACAUGUGGUCCCUGGGGACUAUUCUGUAUUUCAUGUUGUCCGAUAAUCCACCUUUCCGUACGGAUACACCUAACGUAGCGAAUCGCAUCAGAGCCGGUGAGAUUAAUUUUGACAGCGAGGCUUGGAGUCACGUGUCUCCCGGUGCCAAACAAGUAAUGAAAGGUUUACUGAUGAUCGAUCCCAACAAUAGACUUACCGCAGCUUCUCUGGUGUACCAUUCGUGGUUGACAACGCAUGAUGCAACGAUUCUCCCGGUAACACCGGUCACUGACGUGGUUCAAACGGAUACUACUACGGUAGCCGUGAGUUCAACGUCAACGCAGGAGCGCGAGGGUUUCCGAUUACGCGCGGUCGAUGCCGCUAAAUUGGCACAGCGUCGCAAGCACAAACGUUCCAAUUCCAGUUCCUCGACGUCGAGACCGUCUUCUUCUUCCUCAUCGAGUCCGUCGUCAGUUCAGUUGCUGCGUCUACCAAGCACUACAAUAAGUGCUCCGAACACUUCCACCUCGUCACCAAGCGUCUUCGAUUUUAAUGAUGAAGUUGUUAACGAGUACCUGAGUUCCCUAUCUUCUUCUUCCGAUUCGAAUUCCUCGAUAAGACUUUCACUCCUGCAAGAAUUGGAGAGGACCGCGAAGAAGCGGACCAAUGCCGACCAUGAAUCGUGUCAAUCGAUAAUCCCGACGAAAAAGCAUCGACAUCGGCGCGAUGUUGACAGCGAAGCUAGUGGCAGUAGUAGUAGCGGGCCAAUGACACGAUCGCGAAAACGUAAACUCGAACAAAUAAUAAAUUCGGACAGAGAUAUAGGUUCUGACAAUUCCGCGGAGUCGUUCGAGUCGUCCUCGCAAGUUGCGCAUGACGAAGGGGAUGUCCAUAGGAGACAUAAAGCUGGCAAACGGCCCAAACGCCUUGCCACGAUUAUAGUCGAGUAGAGAGUUUUCCUACUUAUGCUUGGUCCAGUAACGCUCCAAUGAAUUCACACUUUGUUUCCUAUGCAUUUUACACAGAUAUAUCUUUAUAA